GCACUCCUGGACCUUGGUGGCUCCCCCAACUACAAGGACCGCCGGGGGCUGACCCCUCUGUUCCACACGGCUAUGGUGGGGGGUGACCCCCGCUGCUGCGAGCUGCUUCUGUACAACAGGGCCCAGCUGGGCAUAGCCGAUGAGAACGGCUGGCAGGAGAUCCACCAGGCCUGUCAGCGGGGUCACUCGCAGCAUCUGGAACACCUGCUCUUCUACGGGGCUGAGCCCGGAGCCCAGAACGCCUCGGGGAACACGGCCCUGCACAUCUGCGCUCUCUACAAUAAGGUGCGGCUGGCCCUCCCCCUGCCUCCAGCCUCCCUGCCGCCCCGGGCCCUCCACCCCUUCCCCGCCUCCCCUGUCCACUCGUCCCCCGUCCACUCGCUC